UUCGAGCGAGAUAGACGUAGUCUAUUGAUAGAAUCGGUGUAGGUCUGAGUUUUUGUGGCAACCAGAAACAUUAAUUUUAUCCAACCCUAGCCCACAAACUGUGUUGGUUUGUCGGGCUAGGGGUCGUGUCGUGUAAACUAGAUAAGUGGACGGUAGAGUCUACUGCUCGGUGAGAGAGAACGGCUGCGUAUUCCUAAUCUGCUGACACACACGAUUGAGAGUAUCAUGUACCCGAUUAGCAGUUCCAAAAAUCUGGCACAGGCCAGACUUCGCAAUAUGAGUAGUCGUUCUCCGACGUCUACCAGUGAUCAUGUCCCUGUUCAUCAUGCUGCGUCGGCUAGUGUCGACUACCCUGUCGCAGGUCCGCUCAUGGCCACAUCAUCACCAACACAAUCAAGUCUAAGGAGGUCGUCGCUACCCGAUGCAGUUGUCAGGUUUGCAGAGAUGCUGAAGAAACGCUACGUUGGUGCUAAGGUACUGUUGGGCAAGGGUAUGUGCGCUAAACCGAACAGACGAGCGCUAGAUAAGAUGUUUGUGAAUGACCUGGCAUCACUGAAUGAACAAACAUUCUUCGGUUCGCAAAGCGAUGUGCAGAAGUUGAGCCAUGUCUUCUCGCGGGUUGCGGACAAAGUGCAGCACGUGCAACUGGCCAAUAUGUUUGACUUUGACGGGGAAGACAUUGAUGAAGACGAAUCAGUUCGUGUAUUGGCUGUUGCAUGUGCUGGCGCUGGCAAAACGACCAUCUUCGUGUUGAAAGGUCCGCUGGACUGGGCAAGAGGUUUAAUGUGGCACGAGUUUGACAUUGUGAGUGCGUUAGCAUUGCGUGAUGCAGGUGUUCGACAUGCCAGAAAUGUUGUUGAUCUGUUACAGCUAGAGCGCUAUGGAAUUGUAGAUGUGGAGGAGCAAAAAGAAAUUGCUUCCUUUGUUCAUGCCAAUCUGAAACAUGUGUGUGCGAUUCUGGAUGGGUUGGAUGAAACUGUGCUUGGUGACUGCAGUGAUUUUGUGCGUGGCAUUAUUCGUGGUGAGGAGUUGAAAGGCAUUCGACUGCUUCUCACGUCACGCCAUUCUGCAGAAGUGAUGAAACUGUCUGUUUCAUGUCCAUUUGAUAGGCGGGUUGAAGUACUGGGUUUCACCAAAGGCAAUGUUCGCGAGUAUGUGAACAAUGCUCUCCCAUGCACAGAGGCUAGCAGGCUACUAGAGAAGGUGGAUGCUGAUCCCAGACUCUCAGCUAUUAUGCAAACACCUUACUUCACACAGUCGACGUGUGAUGUGUUUCGUAGUUGUGGCUCUGUACCUUCAUCACUGUUUGGUAUCUUCAUGUCGUUGAUACUGAGUAUGAUUCGACAGAACACUGAGAGUGCGUAUCCAGACUGGGUGUCUGUGCCACGCUUGCUGCAGGAGCAAAUUCUUGAGUUGGGUCAUUUUGCUUUUGUAUCGUUAAUGAAAAAGAAAGUAGUGUUCAGUGAUUCUGAUCUAGAUGCAGAGCAGGUUUCUAGAGAAAGUCGAUCACUUGGUGUUCUUGUGGCUUGUGAGUCACUGUCAUACCCGUCCAUCACUCAAUGGCAAUUCAGCCAUCUUUCAGUGCAAGAAUGUCUUGCUUCUCUUUACAUGGCAUCCACUAAUCCUGAUGCCAGUGAUGUAGAAUAUUUAGUGAGGCAAGUAGGAGCUCUGACGGGUCACUUGAGUACAUUUUGGUGUCUUCUUGCUUCACAACUGACAGCGGUCAGCAGAGAGUCGUUGAUUGCAUCCAUUCUCACACAGCGUAUCCCUGAUAAAGAGGAUGUGAACAAGCUGACAUCAUGUUGCGAUGUGACAAAGUUUCUUCGCUGCUCCGAAGAUGAUCUUCUUGAGGUGGUAGAGUUGCUAUGUGGGCAUCUUGAUGAAGCAGCAGUGCAGAGUUUAGCAAGGUGUCUUCUUAAAGAUCUACUGCCAGACAAUGUGAGUGUGGCACAGGCCAUUGAAGAAGUUCUUCCUCACUCUUUCUCGUCGUCUUUGUACGACGUAGUUCAUGCUCUUUUGCAGCUGUGGCGUCGCAAAGUCCCCCGUGCCAGUAUGAGAAUACUGUGCACUGCCUUGAAGUCUAUCAACCCGCAUGCAUCCAACUGUCUCCACCAGUAUCUUGUAUCGAAACGCACAGAAGACUCACAGGCUGCAGAACGUCUUUCUUCAGCUGCGACAGACAGCUCUGUGCAUUCUGUCAUGACUGUUCCACCAACGAAGUCGGCAUCGUCAGCUGACCGGAUACGUGAAAAUUUAACUCCAGUUCGCCGACAAUUGUUGUUACUGGCUUGCCGUGUGUAUGCACAGCCCAGUGCAGACACAGACAACAUGACUAGCUGUAGUCAGUCACCUUCACCUAGUCUAGAACUAGCCUUCGAACAUUAUGGCUUUGAUUUUCGGAAAGUGGCUGUCUCGCCUGCUGACUGUCAUCUUCUUUCGUCUGUACUGAGGAAUCACAGUAGGUCUGUUAGUCUUGUGGAUCUGCACAACUGUCAGAUUACUGAUGAUGGUUUUGAGCAACUCACUACUGGUCUAACUCAUUGUCAUGGGCUGGCUCAGUUCUCUCUCCAAGAUAAUACACUGACUGACCGUUCUGUGGCAUGUAUCCAUAGUGUUAUCUGUGAAAACCACACAGCUCUUCUUCGACUUUCCUUAGAGGAUUUGCAGCUGACAUCAUCUGGCUAUGCUCAGCUGGUACCCGCAGUGAUCACAUGUCAUGACCUGGAGUACCUGACCAUAGGUAGUAUGUCCUGUCAGGAUAUCAAAACUAAUGUUCUCAUAGCUAUCACCGUGCUGGCUUACUGGAAGUCUCUUACAGGUCCCCAGUUUUACUUCCCGAUCGGUGAUGAUGCUCUUGUUCUGCUUUCUGGACUGCUGACAGGACGGCCAUUUCGUUACAUGGCCUUCAUGCAUGCGAUGCUCACGCCACACAGCACUUGGGUUGUCAAACACGUUCUUCGUGUGCACUCUCAGUACCUUGUACAGCUUAACUUGAGCGACAAUGAUCUUUCUGACAUGUUUCUGUGCAGCAUUGCACCAUGUCUGAAGCGGUGUAAAUCACUGGUGACACUGGUGCUCUCAGGAACAGGCCUUACAUCACAGUCACUUCCGGUACUCGCUGGAAUUGUGUCUUCUUGUCCUGAUCUCCAAGUUGUUGGUCUGAAAAGGAAUGACUUUCAAGCGGAGAAUGACGAGGGCAGCUUGCAGUUUGCAUCAGCUGUACAUGAAUGUCAAAACCUCGUGUACCUUUCAGUACCAAAGCGAGAGUUAGUGAAUGAUCAGCUAUGGAGAUUACUUGACUAUGUUCAUCGCGAGAGAGCAGGUCAACUAUGGAUUCAUUGCGUAUGACAUUAUUCGGCAUAACCAACAGUGAAGAUAACGUGUAUAUGCGCAGUGGAAGGAAUGCUAUGGCUUGUCAGACAUGUAAACACUAGACACAGAGAUGAACAUUAUUUCUAUAAUACACUGGUCAUGUGAUGUCAUGUUGAACCACUGCUGGUGGUCAUGUGAUGUCAUGUUGAACCACUGCUGGUGGUCAUGUGAUGUCAUGUUGAACCACUGCUGGAAUGGUUACUACUGUACAUGGUACUGAUCAGGGAAGUUGAGGAAGAGAGGGAGAGUGGGACAGGACGAUAUAUAACACUGCAGUUGUGUCUGUUGGUGAAAACACUUGCCGCACACACAUGCUGUGCGGAAGCCUGCUCGUUCAGUAGAGGUUGGUGGCUUGUCUGUCCGGGAGCCCCGAUGGUGGUUCAGCACGUUCUAUUCAUAAGGUGAACAUGUGAUCAUGUGAUGAAAUACUUUAUUUUUAUGAACACGGUCUCACCAUUUCACAUUUUUGUGGCAGUUGUCACAUUUCUAUUCCAUCACUUGACUAUGGUAUUUUAUGCCUGUGACAUCACAUGCCUAUGAUGUCAUAAUAACUAUGUUGUCGCUUCAUCAUCCUCGGCGAUUCCUCGCACUCAGGCCACGGCUAUGUGGUAGCCUGACUAUGACAUCACCAGACGUCAUUGUGACAUGACUAUGACAUCAUGUGUCAGAAUUAUUUUUAGUUUGAGUACCGUAUAUAAUGAGAUAAUUAUGUUCUGAGUUCAGUGAGUAUCUUGGACAUUGGAGCAGAAACUGGUGGUACGGAUGUUACGCACUGACGUUGAUCGGGCUCAGCAUGCAGUCACCUAACUGGAGAGUGAAAAGAGUGAAAGAUUUUCAGAGAUCUCAGCGUACUGGCUGUUCUCUGUUAUUCCUCCGCGGUCAUGAAGCAAAGCUGAGUGGCAUUCAGUAGCAUUCGUCUGCCGGGGGAAAUCACAGGAUUGGAGGGCAAAGAUGGUGGUAGUUGUGUGCCGAACGCUCUAAUGCAAGUAUAUCUGCCAGAAGACUGGAGUGAAGUGAAUAUGUUUGUGUUAUCGUAUCAACAGCAGAGCGGUCGUCCUGUUAUUUCUGUAGCUGUGUAGCAGAUGGAUGUGACUACUACAAGUCACAAGUGUGUGGCUCCGUCCCCAGCCGCAGUGGAGUCGUGUUGUGGCGCGCACUGUGCGUCCCGCGGCUGCUGAUUCCGUUCGGUCCAGGGCAGGAAUAUACACCGCUGCUCAGGUUAUCCCCAGGCCAUACGUCAGUCUCGGGGCAGCAGUCGUAGGUGACCUGUAUCCUGACAACCUCUCGUUGGGUCCCGGACGCCGUGGGACGGCGUUCUCCUUUUCUCUCUCCGUUGCCACUCCGGGCCCACGUGACCCUUGUGGCAGUGGCUCGCUAGGACAGGACAGGACAGUGUCUAUUGCGGAUAGCGUUGCCAGUGUCUAUACUGUUACUGCUGCUUCCUCCAUGGUCAGCUGUGCUGAACAGUGAUCCGUUACGUGUGAGCGAGUACUCAGAUGAUGGGCAGAAAUCUGGAUGGCAGAGCUGCAUCUUAGUAAGGGGUAUUUUCCGCAGUGGCGGCGUGGUUGCUUUUAUUGCAGCGAGUUUUUCUUCUAAGGUCUCCAUAUGCAAAGUAAUCUGUUGGCUGAUGGACGGAUGCCGGGAUGGUUCAGAAAUGAAAGUUGCAGUUGCUGGUAGAGUUGCUGAGAGUGUGAUGCUGCUGUGAUAGAGAUCAUGACUCAUGGUGUUGUCAGUAGCUGUACUAUUCCUCUGCUUCAUCUCUGGUCCUGGGUAACAGGAAUCAGAUGUAUGCAGAUCAGUGAGGUUUCUGAUGACGUACACAUACCUGGAUGAUAUUGCUGCAAUGCAGAAAGCUAUUGUUGAUGUUGUUGGUGAUUCAGAGGAGGUGAUUUCUCGGUGGCAUUCCGUAGCAUUCGUCUGCCGGGGAAAAUCACAGGAUUGGAGGGCAAAGAUGGUGGUAGUUGUGUGCCGAACGCUCUAAUGCAAGUAUAUCUGCCAGAAGACUGUAGUGAAGUGAAUAUGCUUGUGUUAUCGAAUCAACAGCAGAGCGGUCGUGCUGUUAUUUCUGUAGCUGUGUAGCAGAUGGAUGUGACUACUACAAGUGUGUGGCUUAGUCCCCAGCCGCAGUGGAGGCGUGUUGUGGCGUGCACUGUGCGUCCUGCGCCCGCUGCUUCCAUUCGGUCCAGGGCAGGAAUAGACACCGCUGCUCAGGUUCUCCCCCGGCCAUACGUCAGUCUUGGGGUAACAGUCCUAGGUGACCUGAAUCCUGGCGACCUCUCGUUGUGUCCUGGACACCGUGGGACGGCGUUCUCCUCUUCUCUCUCCGUUGCUACUCCAGGCCCACGUGACCCUCGUGGCAGUGGCUCGAUAGGAAAGGACAGCGUUGCCAGGGUCUCUACUGUUACUGCUGCUUCCGCCAUGGUCAGCUGUGUUGAACAGUGAUCCGUGACGUGUGUGUCAGCGAGUACUCAGAUGAUGGGCAGAAAUCUGGAUGGCAGAGCUGCAUCUUAGUAAGGGGGAUUAUCCGCAGUCGCUGCGUGGUUGCUCUUAUUGCAGCGGGUUGUUCUGCCAUGGUCUCCAUAUGCAAAGUGAUCUGUUGGCUGAUGGACGGAUGCCGGGAUGGUUCAGUAUUGAAAGUUGCAGUUGCUGGUACAGUUGCUGAGAGUGUGAUACUGCUGUGAUAGAGAUCAUGACUCAUGGUGUUGUCAGUAGCUGUACUAUUCCUCUGCUUCAUCUCUGGUCCUGGGUAACAGGAAUCAGAUGUAUGCAGAUCAGUGAGGUUUCUGAUGACGUACACAUACCUGGAUGAUAUUGCUGCAAUGCAGAAAACUAUUGUAGCUGCUGUUGGUGAUUCAGAGGAGGUGAUUUCUCGGUGGCAUUCAAUAGCAUUCGUCUGCCGGGGGAAAUCACAGGAUUGGAGGGCAAAGAUGGUGGUAGUUGUGUGCCGAACGCUCUAAUGCAAGUAUUUCUGCCAGAAGACUGUAGUGAAGUGAAUAUGUUUGUGUUAUCGUAUCAACAGCAGAGCGGUCGUCCUGUUAUUUCUGUAGCUGUGUAGCAGAUGGAUGUGACUACUACAAGUGUGUGGCUCAGUCCCCAGCCGCAGUGCAGGCUUGUUGUGGCGCGCACUGUGCGUCCUGCGGCCGCUGCUUCCGUUCGGUCCAGGGCAGGAAUAGACACCGCUGCUCAGGUUCUCCCCCGGCCAUACGUCAGUCUUGGGGUAACAGUCCUAGGUGACCUGAAUCCUGGCGACCUCUCGUUGUGUCCUGGACACCGUUGGACGACGUUCUCCUCUUCUCUCUCCGUUGCUACUCCAGGCCCACGUGACCCUUGUGGCAGUGGCUCGAUAGAACAGGACAGGACAGGGUAUAUUUCGGAUAGCGUUGCCAGUGUCUCUACUUUUACUGCUGCUCCCUCCAUGGUCAGCUGUACUGAACAGUGAUCCGUUACGUGUGUGUCAGCGAGUACUCAGAUGAUGUGCAGAAAUCUGGAUGGCAGAGCUGCAUCUUAGUAAGGGGUACUUUCCGCAGUGGCGGCGUGGUUGCUCUUAUUGCAGCGGGUUGUUCUGCCAUGGUCUCCAUAUGCAAAGUGAUCUGUUGGCUGAUGGACGGAUGUCGGGAUGGUUCAGAAAUGAAAGUUGCAGUUGCUAGUACAGUUGCUGAGAGUGUGAUGCUGCUGUGAUAGAGAUCAUGACUCAUGGUGUUGUCAGUAGCUGUACUAUUCCUCUGCUUCAUCUCUGGUCCUGGGCAACAGGAAUCAGAUGUAUGCAGAUCAGUGACGUUUCUGAUGACGUACACAAACCUGGAUGAUAUUGCUGCAAUGCAGAAAGGUGCUUCUGCCAUGGUCUUGCAGGACAUCUUCUAGUUGUGGAAAUGAUUUGUUUGGGUGACUGAACAGAAGACUGUAUGGUUCAUAUUGGAAAGGUGCUGUUGUUAUGGUUACCUGUGUUGUGGAUGAUGAGGUUGCUGGUGUAGGAGACCUGAACAUUACUGGCUACUGUUCAUUACUAGAAGAAUGCAGAGGAUUGUCAAGAUGUACAUUGUACAUGUCCAUCUGUUCAGACAGUACACAAGGUGAAUGAAGAUGGAACAUAUCCAUUUCAUCAAAAUUGUUCUCUUCUCAAUUCUUUUAUUUUGAUCUUAAAACUGCUACCUUCCUUGUUGGAGAAGUAACGUUGUCCCCCCUCCCUUAUCACCCCUCCCCCUUAUCAUCUCUCCCCCUCCCCCUCCCCUCCUCCUUAUCACC